GGUCCCGGCAUCGGUUGCGCGCGCGCUCCCUCCUCUCGGAGAGAGGGCUGUGGUAAAAGCCGUUCGGAAAAUGGCCGCCGCCGCCACCGCCGCCGCCGCCACCACCGCUGCGCCGAGUGGAGGAGGAGGAGGCGAGGAGGAGAGACUAUAGAGUUGUACCCUCUGCCUGAUCUACUUCUAUGAGGCCUAAUCUACUGGGGGCAGGGAGGCAAAGCUAUGGCGUUUGAAAGAAAAAUCGACUACAGUCCCAUGUGCCAGUGCCCCAACUCCACCCAAGCACUCCUGAGAAGUUUGUUUCUUUAACCUAGAAUAAAGAACAGCAGUGGCUCCAUAAAAAUACAGACUCACCAGUUCCUGCUUUGAUGUGACAUGUGACUCCCCAGAAUACACCUUGCUUCUGUAGACCAGCUCCAACAGGAUUCCAUGGUAGCUGGGAUGUUAGGGCUCAGGGAGGAAAAGUCAGAAGACCAGGAUCUUCAGGGCCUCAAAGACAAGCCCCUGAAGUUUAAGAAGGUGAAGAAAGACAAGAAGGAAGACAAAGAAGGCAAACAUGAGCCACUACAACCUUCAGCCCACCAUUCUGCUGAGCCCGCAGAGGCAGGCAAAGCAGAGACAUCGGAAAGCUCGGGCUCUGCCCCAGCAGUACCAGAAGCCUCUGCUUCUCCCAAACAGCGGCGUUCCAUCAUUCGUGACCGGGGACCCAUGUAUGAUGACCCCACCUUGCCUGAAGGUUGGACACGAAAGCUUAAGCAAAGGAAGUCUGGCCGCUCUGCUGGAAAGUAUGAUGUAUAUUUGAUCAAUCCCCAGGGAAAAGCCUUUCGCUCUAAAGUGGAAUUGAUUGCAUACUUUGAAAAGGUAGGCGACACCUCCUUGGAUCCUAAUGAUUUUGACUUCACGGUAACUGGGAGAGGGAGUCCCUCCCGGAGAGAGCAGAAACCACCUAAGAAGCCCAAAUCUCCCAAAGCUCCAGGAACUGGCAGGGGUCGGGGACGCCCCAAAGGGAGCGGCACUGGGAGACCCAAGGCAGCAUCAUCAGAAGGUGUUCAGGUGAAAAGGGUCCUGGAAAAGAGCCCUGGGAAACUUCUCGUCAAGAUGCCUUUCCAAGCAUCGCCUGGGGGCAAGGCUGAAGGAGGUGGAGCUACUACUUCUGCCCAGGUCAUGGUGAUCAAACGCCCUGGCAGAAAACGAAAAGCUGAAGCUGACCCCCAGGCCAUUCCUAAGAAACGGGGAAGAAAGCCUGGGAGUGUGGUGGCAGCUGCUGCUGCAGAAGCCAAAAAGAAAGCCGUGAAGGAGUCUUCCAUACGGUCUGUGCAUGAGACUGUGCUCCCCAUCAAGAAGCGCAAGACCCGGGAGACAGUUAGUAUUGAGGUUAAGGAAGUAGUGAAGCCCCUGCUGGUGUCCACCCUUGGUGAGAAGAGUGGGAAGGGACUGAAGACCUGCAAGAGCCCUGGGCGAAAAAGCAAGGAGAGCAGCCCCAAAGGGCGCAGCAGCAGCAGCAGUGCCUCCUCACCCCCUAAGAAGGAGCACCAUCAUCACCACCACCAUUCAGAGUCCCCAAAGGCCCCCAUGCCACUGCUCCCACCCCCUCCCCCACCAGAGCCUGAGAGCUCUGAGGACCCCAUCAGUCCCCCUGAGCCCCAGGACUUGAGUAGCAGCAUUUGCAAAGAGGAGAAGAUGCCCAGAGGAGGCUCGCUGGAGAGUGAUGGCUGCCCCAAGGAGCCAGCUAAGACUCAGUCCAUGGUCGCGGCAACCACCGCCACAGUUGCAGAAAAGUACAAACACCGAGGGGAGGGAGAGCGCAAAGACAUUGUUUCAUCUUCCAUGCCAAGGCCAAACAGAGAGGAACCUGUGGACAGCCGGACGCCCGUGACCGAGAGAGUUAGCUGACUUUACAGAGUGGAUUGCAAAGCAAACCAACAAGAAUAAAGGCAGCUGUUGUCUCUUCUCCUUAUGGGUAGGGCUCUGACAAAGCUUCCCGAUUAACUGAAAUAAAAAAUAUUUUUUUUUCUUUCAGUAAACUUAGAGUUUCGUGGCUUCGGGGUGGGAGUAGUUGGAGCAUUGGGAUGUUUUUCUUACCAACAAGCACAGUCAGGUUGAAGACCUAACCAGGGCCAGAAGUAGCUUUGCACUUUUCUAAACUAGGCUCCUUCAACAAGGCUUGCUGCAGAUACUACUGACCAGACAAGCUGUUGACCAGGCACCCCCCCAAUACUCCCCCAAUGUGCUCAUUAGAGAUAGCAGUUGAGAGGACACUCCCAUUUUUGGUGCCCUGUCCAUAGCUUCCCUGACUCUUCCACCACCCCAACUCCCAAUCUGAGGGACCGGGAGGUGCGAGGCAGGAAAAAUAUUGGAUUCUUUAGAGAAGACUAGAGGUGACCAGUGACUGUGGCCCAGUAAUUAGAACUGUGGUGGCACAAGUCUGGCCCCACAUCCACCCAAUCCAAAACUGAUAAGGAUAUUUUGAAAAACAGGAAAGCAGUACCUGUCUGAUCCAGCUCUGGUAUAGGUAGGAGUGAGUCCUGAACUGCUGGAUUACAGACUGGCUUGAGCCACAGAAGAUGAUGGACCAGAGUAAAGUAUCAUCACCUGCUCACAAGGCAUGCUUCACUAGAGAAUAAUUCUAAAGAGGUGCCAUGGAGGCAGCAGGACAAGGCACAAGCAGUCUGGGUGGGGGUCAAGCCAGACCUAGUGCCACAGAACAAGAGAGCAAUCUGUGACUAGUAGUUAGGGACUUUGUGGAUGGGACAAGGGGCAUGGGGGAAGAAAUGAAAAUAUUCUUCCAAUUACUUUCCAGUUCUCCUUUAGGGACAGCUUAGAAUUAUUUGCACUAUUGAGUCUUCAUGUUCCCACUUAAAAACAAACAGAUGCUCUGAAAGCAAACUGGCUUGAAAUGGUGACACUUUGUCCCACAAGCCACCAAAUGUGGCAGUGUUUAGAACUACCUGGAUCUGUAUAUACCUGCGCUUGUUUUAAAGUGGGCUCAGUACAUAGGGUUCCCACGAAGCUCCGAAACUCUAAGUGUUUGCUGCAAUUUUAUAAGGACUUCCUGAUUGCUUUCUUUUUUUGUCCUUCCAUUUCAUGCUUUCAUUUCUAACCCCAUUCUCCUUCCCCUAGCUCCUAGUUGUGUCUUUUGUUCCAGGCAACUGCAGUGCCCAACCACAUGCUUACCUGACAACAGUCAACCGUAACCCUAAGAUUCUCCCUUUGACUUCUUACUGCCAGUGCCAGCUCUCAUGUUUAACCCUGAGCAAGUGUUGGACUCUGCUGAGUCCUCCCUAGCCUCUGUGAAGAACAAGAGGGCAAUAAGCUCUUGGUCCUCUAGGUAGACCCCUCUUCCUUGCUAAGAAAAAAUUCAAAAAGCUUUUCAGACCCUAAACAAUGAGCAUUUUCACCUUCUGCUAUAGAAAAGUGGACUAGAGAAACUGGGCCACGUGUGGUAGCUGAAGAGAUACAGGAGCCCCCUGUGUUUGGCCAGAAUCACCGAGUGGUCCAACUACCCACUACCCUUGACCCCACUCAGAAGUCUAAUGUCAAGCAUAGUAUGGCAGGGCACCUGUCAGAAUAGAUGCAGACUUGAGAAGGGACUGACACAAGGGCCCCUUGCUCUUCUGACACAUACACCCGCCAAGAUUUUUUUCUAGUGGAAUUCUUUCCCUUUUGCUUACUGGGGACUUGGUGGGGCCAGCAAACCCCGUAUUUCAAUCUGCUCCAUAAGUGUAAUGGUGGGUUUUACAGGCUUGACUUUGCUGUUGAGUUUUAAUUGGUCAAUUUUCAUUUGAGAACCCUAUGUUUUAACCUCUGUUCAGGAAGUCCUUAUCUAGCUGCAUAUCUUCAUCAUAUUGGUAUAUCCUUUUCUGUGUUUACAGAGAUGUCUCAUAUCUAAAUCUGUCCAACUGAGAAGUACCUUAUCAAAGUAGCAAAUGAGACAGCAGUCUUAUGCUUCCAGAAACACCCACAGGCACAUCCCAUGUAAGCUGCUGCCAUGAACUGUCAAGUGUGUGUUGUCUUGUGUAUUUUCGUUACUGUUCCCCAGCUUCCUUACUGCGGUGUAAUCAUGGAAGAGUGAAACAUCAUAGAAAUCAUCUAGCACUUCCUUGCCAGUCUUUAGUGAUCAGGAACCAUAGUUGACAGUUCCAAUUGAUAGCUUAAAGAUAAAACCAUGUUUGUCUCUUCUGGAAUGGUUAGAACUAAGUGAGAAAUUUUUUGCCCCUUUCUGUUUGCAGAGACAUAGUUGGGCUUUCUAGCAUAUUUGUGUCCAUUUCCUUAUGCUACAAAUGCAAACCCUGCAACCAGCUUCCUUGUCGGGCAGUUAUUUUGCCUGUUCUGUUGAUCCUCAGCCUUGGUUCUGAUUCCUCCCCAGGAAGGGAAGAGAGGUCAGAAGAGGGACUCUGGAGGGUCCAGGAUGUGUCCUCCUCAGCUCCUGCUUCCUCCAAGGACAAAAGGCCCCUGCUGCCCCCACCCCACCCCUGCAGUGGCCUUGCACUCACCAAGGACACCUUUCCAUACCUUCACUGCAUCUAGCCAGAUUGAAAUCAAGUUGUUUAUUGUGCUCCAAUUGGGGUUUUGCCUGUUACAGUUACUUAGUUCAAUGAAACAUGACUCCAAGGCUGAGGAAUCCUUCAUCCUUGGGAGACAACCUAGGCUGAUUAGACAUUCACAGUUGGCAUUGCAGCACUUUAGGUGCCAUUUUCUUUCAUUUGAGCCCCAUCUGCAGCCUCCUUACUCCCCAGCUUUCCCUUAGUGCUGGUUUCAAAACUGCAGGUGGUAGUGACUGCAGCUCCUUAGGAUUUACUUUGCUUCCUGCUUUUUUCCCCCAUUCCCUCAUCCCCAAAUAAGAGCAUCAUGAGUCAGUCUCCUUUAAGCAGGCAGCUUUGGUGGGGUUUUGCCCUGGCAGCCAGGGACUCUGUAUAGGCUCUCAGGCUGCCUCUGCCUUGCAGUCAGGUUGACAGUUUGGAGGGAAAAGCCUUAAACUAUGGGAUUCUCACCAGAUGUGUCUGACUCAGACCUGGAGUGUGACCUUGAUUUUGUUGUAUUUGAACAUUGUAAAUAUUGGGUAGCAUCUUUCACUGAAUAUGUGAAGAAUACAGGAACUGACCAACAGCUUUCAGAUACCUGGGGCUAAGUCAUUAAGGUCACAUCCAGUAUUCCCUACCCUGUUCUAGUUGCUAGUUACUACCUCUCCCAAACAGAUUGCUGUAUAUCCUCCAAGUAUGUUCAUCCUGGCCUAGUCCUGCCCAUUCUUGGGUCUGUGUUAACCAGUGGAACUGCUGCCCUUGACGGUGUAGUGAGUUGAAAAUUCUUGGUCACAGCAAGGCUCCAGUACAGGUCCCUUCUGCUGGUUAUGUAUUCCCAUAUCAAAAGGCACAGGGGAGAUCUAGAAAUAGCACCUCCCCUAGUCCAUCAGUGCCAAAGUAGCCCGUGAUCCUAGCAUGGGAACAGAGAACUCUGUUUAGUGUUUUCAAAACAGACUGGAGGCCACAGACUUUGGCAGAGGGAACCAGAGCAGCCCAAGUUGCUGCUGCUUCACCCAGCUUGUUCUUACUGUAACAGUAAUAAAAGAGGGUAGUAACUAGAAACUUGACUGCCAAGUUUGGUAGGGAAAGGAGUUUCCAUAGCAUAAAAUUCAGGACCUCUGAAUUUUAAAUAAGUUGUAAUAAGUUGCUCAAGCCCACCCAGAAAAGAGCAAAAGGGUUGGAACUGACCAGAUGAGACCAGCCAGAUUGCAUGCAUCCCAAGUGGAGUGCAGCUGCCUGAGCUCUACAAGACUUCUCUAGCUACAGAGAGCAUUCCAGCCAGGCUCUCUGGGCUGAGCAGAGAUCACAGGUGCCAGUUCUUCAAGAAGACGUUUGUGCUUCUCUUUGUCCCACAUUGUUUGCUGAUUGGGUUCACACUAUAGAUUCUAGGACGGAUGGCCAAGACUCAGAGAAAAAUGUUUCUAGAGCCCCUAUGGACAUAACAAAGUCCCAAGCUGAAGGGGGCUAGUACAGAUGCAGCAAUGCCCCAUACCUGGACCAAGCCCUCUGUUCCAUCCACAUCCUCUUCUGGCUCUUCUUCCUGCUCUCUGCUUCAGUGACCCAGCCCCAACUCUGAAGAGAUUUGUUGAUUCUCUCCAUUUUGAUGUCCUUCUCUUUUAGGUACUAUAUCUAUCUUUAGAAAAGUCUUAGUCUAAUUGUUAUAAAUUGCUAGGAUACUGCCUUUUCCAGGGUCUAAAAUUACAUGCUAAAGGGGAAAAAUUGAACACUGAAACCAGUUCUCAACAGUUUAGAAAGAAAACCUUGAAAACAUUUGGCAAAAAAGUAUUAAUAAAAUUACAUUCUGAUGUUUCUGAAUAAGAGGAGGCUUUUGCAAAAAAAAUGAUCUGAAAAUACUUAGUUCUUGGCCUGAGAUAUCUUGAGUGAUCUGGGCAAAGGGAACUCCAGACUGAAGCUUCCUACAUCUGAGGAGGUAUAACUAGGAGACUCUUGAGAUUCAUGGCUUUUUAUUACUGGAAAACCUCUUUGGGGAGCUGACCCCAGGACACUACUUCUGUCCUUUGAUGACAUAGAAAUUAGUGGCCUGCCAGAUGCCAAAGCUUUGGUGCAUCAAGUGGAACACUCAUCAGUGACCAAGAAGGCCCAUCACAGUGUGUCUGCUCUCUUCUCAUCUUAACUGAGCCUGCUCAAGCACUACUGCACAAACCAGGGAGGAGCUGCUGCAUAAAGAGUAUCCCUCCCUGGAGCCCCCUGUCUCUUGCACUCUCCCUACCCCAUCCUCAGGAUCUUGGCACAGAUAAAAUGACUGUGUGGCAAGUACUUUGGCAUGCCCUCCUAAACUUACCCCAGAGCCUCUCCCUACCUCUUUAAACCAGCCUGCCUAUUGGGAAGGCAUGAGAGUCCAUAGAGUGGAGAAUGAGAGGGGAACUAGGCAGGCAGGCAGGCAAGCAAUGGAAAGGUCCUAGGAGAAAGGAUAGACCCCCCAGGCUUUGCACAAGCAGGGCUCAGCCCCUCGUGGAAUUAAGUGUCAUCUUUGAGUUUAAGAACAUUUGGGCAACUUGCAAAUGACCUUGGCUCCUUGCUCUCCCCUCUCACCUUUUAUCAGGUCCUGCUUAGCACUGAGAGAACAUGUGGUGAAAAGGCAAAGAGGUUUAGCUCCUGUCCCCUAUAGUCCCUCUCUCCCUGCAGUGUUUGUGUGUCAAGUGGCUAAAGCUGUUCUUCCUGGUGACCCUGAUUAUAUCCAGUAACUUAUAGACUAUAUGCAUAGAUCUGCUUUGUCUCUUCUAUUCUGGGCUUUUGAUUUGCUUUUCAGUUUUGCUUUUAGUUUUCCUAUUUUUAUUUUAUGCAUCAACUAGACACACAAAGCAGUUGAAUUUAUAUAUAUAUAUGUAUAUGUAUAUUGCACAAUUAUAAACUCAUUUUGCUUGUGGCACCACACACAAAAAGACCUUUUAAAAUUAUACCUGUUGCUUAAUUAUAAUAUUUCUGAUAACCAUAGAGUAGGACAAGGGAAAAUAAAAAAGACAAAAAAGAAAAAAAAAAGACCUCUGUCUGCUGGUCACUUCCAAGCAGAUCUAUGAUCUUUCCUUGCUUCUUUCAAAGGCUUCCCUGUGCUAAGUGAAAGAAGCCCCAGGCUGCAUCCACGUUUUGUGCUUUGUUUCUCUUCUGCUGUGAAAGGGGCCCCAUGAUUCUGGGUACAGGACAGUUCAUUUCAGUGUGUCAGGGGUGGGGGUGUGGCAUGCACACUCCCUUUACCUGCUGAAGUCCAGAACUUAGUGGACACAGCCCUGUCCACAUCUCUAGGAGAGGGGAGCUGGCAUGCAUGGGGGGGGCUGACUCCCUCUACCCUUCCCUUGCCGGGGAUAGCCUGUGUGUAGUAAGUCUGGCAGGCUUUCCCCAAUUAGCAGGGCUGGGGCAUUUCAAAACCCUCCUCACUUUGCUGGAGAGGAGAUGGGAGACUUGAGCUGUCUCCAAACUGGUAAGCUGUAUUAGUUAGAAUGCCAGAGACCCCAGAAUCACAUCUAACAAUCCAAUGGGUCUCCUAUAGUAAAGACUCCAGAAACAUCCCUUUCUCUUCUCCCUGCUCCCAUGACUAACUGCAUUUGCUUUUAUAAUUCUUGAUGAGCAAUAUCUGCUAGAAAGUUUAGCUGUAACAGUUCUUUUUUGCAAAAAGAUAAUUGUUAAGUAAUUGAAAACACCCCGCCCCCAAAAAAGUCCAAACCUUGUUCUUCCAAAGCAGAGAGCAUUAUAAUCACCAGGGCCAAAAUCUGUCCCAUACCUCCACCCUACCCCCUCAUCAUUGCUUCUUCUGAGGCCAGAAUAUAGCAGACAUAGAUAUUUGUAGGCCCUUUGGGUGGCUGGGCUACCCUUGUGCCUCUUGGAAGAUGGGCUGGAGAAACCUCUGAGACCCUAUCCUAGGUCCUUGCUCUAUCGAGCACUCAGUAUUAGCAGAGCAUCACAACAUUAUUCCCCAGUCAGCAUGGGAUGGAGGCAGAAGAGGCCAGAGGCUUGUUGCCAGUGAUACUUAGCCACUGACAGGUGGGUAAUCAUGUAUGUCCGUCCAUAUGAGUGCUUUAUGACUGAUAUAAGAUCAGCACCCAAGUUAGAUUCACCUGGUGACCUCUAGCCCUGUCUGGAUAGAGCAGGCCACCCAGUUCAAUAUUUCUGGGCAGCUUGGAAAAUGGAGUACAAAAGGCUUGCAGAACUUGAAGCCCACUCCUGACCUUGCUACCAUGGCCUCCUUUUCCAUUUGAUUUGUCACUGCUUCAAUCAAUGACAGCUGCUCCAGAGUCAGUAGUUGAUGAAUAUAUGACCAAAUAUCACCAGGACUGUUACUCAAUGUGUGCCGAGCCCUUUCCUCGUGCUGGGCUCCCUGUGUACCUGGACACUGUAAUGUGUGCUGUGUUUGCUCUCCUUCCUCUUCCUUUCUUUGUCUUUCUGGGGUUUUUCUGUUUGGGUUUGGUUUGGUUUUAUUCUUUUGUGUUCUAAACAUGAGGUUCUCUCUAUUAGUCCUCUUUAACUGUGGUGUUGAGGCUUCUAUUUGUGUAAUUUUUGGUGGGUGAAAGGAACUUUGCUAAGUAAAUCUCUUCUGUGUUUGAACUGAAGUCUGUAUUGUAACUAUGUUUAAAGUAAUUGUUCCAGAGACAACUGCUUCUAGACACCUUUUCAUUGCAAACAAAGCAUUUGAAGAGAGGGAUUGGGUGACUAAGACAAGAGGGACAAUCUGAAGAGACAACCCCUGCCCAGAUAAGCCAGAAGCCACCAAGAAGUUAAGCACUGGAUUCCCAUUCCAAGUCAAGAGACUGAAGCUAAUGUGUUGCCAUUUUCAAAGUCAGAGCAAAAUCAGCUUUUGUUCACCCAAUGAAUUCUUUUGCUUACCUUCCUGGAUUAUCACUGCUAUUGUUAAUUAAAAAAAAGAGAGAGAGACAACAUCAGCUCCUUCCAGGAGUGCCAGGAAAGGAAGAGAUGUAAGAGCAGAGCUGAGCUUAUUGAGUAGGGCUGGGCCUGCUCUUGCAGGUGGAUGCCCCUCUGAGGACACAAAUUAGAGAGGAAACAUAAGAUGAAUUAGACACUCCCUGCCUGAGAUAGCUCUUCCUGGAUAAACCAAGGCAGUGGGCGUUAUUGUCUCCAAGGCAUGUUUCAGGGACAUGACCAGUUAGGACACUUCUGUCACACCCCAUGCUGUCCCCUAGUGCAUAGUACUAAGCUGCUAUCUUGGCUCCCCACCCUGCCUGGGGAAUAAAAUGAUGGUAGAGGGUUCUUUCUUUCGAUGUCAUCUGAUUCCCACAAAAUCUGGGUGUGAGAAACCACCUUGUCUUUCCACGGCAAACAUCUUCAGUAAAGCUGUUAUCCUCAUUACAGAUUGUUCCAGGCUCAUAUAAGAGGAACAGACAGACCUGUGCUCCCUUAGAGCCUCUUGUGAGGAUAGUGGUAUCUGAUGUGACCAGUUGACCAUGGUUUUUAGUAGCUGGAAAAACUAGAUAGGGUACAUGCCCCCUCCUAAAUCCAUGUGGCACUUGCCUCUGCCAGCCUGAAGGGUGUGGUCUGUAGGAGAGUGCAGCCAGUGACAGGCAACCCUGUAUUGGAAGAUAAUGGCACCAGCAAAAAAAAAGCCAAUCUGAGGUUGGGAAGCAGGCACACUGGGCACAGAGAGAUCCAAGACAGACAUAGCUGGAGGGGUUGAUCUUGAAAAGCCCUCUGUCGAAUUCACCUUCAGUUUUUGUGUUUUGGGACAAUUACUUUAGAAAAUAAGUAGGUCGUUUUAAAAACAAAAUAUUGAUUGCUUUUUUGUAGUGUUCAAAAAAAAAGGUUCUUUGUGUAUAGCCAAAUGACUGAAAGCACUGAUAUAUUUAAAAACAAAAGGCAAUUUAUUAAGGAAAUUUGUACCAUUUCAGUAAACCUGUCUGAAUGUACCUGUAUACGUUUCAAAAACACCCCCCACUGAACCCCUGUAACCUAUUUAUUAUAUAAAGAGUUUGCCUUAUAAAUUUACAUAAAAAUGUCCGUUUGUGUCUUUUGUUGUAAAAUCAAGUGGUUUUUCAUAAGGUUCUUUUACUAUUUGAAAAGAUGGGCAGCACGUGGUUUUAUUUUAUUUUUGUAAGUUUUUUAAUACAUGUGAAAGCAAAGAAUACUCAGCAUGCCUUUCUAAGUGAUGCGUUUGCACCUUUUGUUGGGAAGUACUGUAUCCUGUGCUGUUAGCAUUCUCGAUAAAUCUCUCUGUGAAAGUGA